GAAGGAGCAGGAAAGGCAGGAGGGCUGCUCUGAUGCACUGCCCAGGCCAGUCUACCAUACGGCUCCUGCUGCUGCUCACCUGGAUGCUGCUGCCAGGCUCCUGGGCGGUGACGGGGCCUGGCACCGUGCAGGGGUUGCUGGGGGGGUCCCUCUCGGUGACCUGCACGUACAAGCCCGGCUAUGAGACGAUGCCGAAGUUCUGGUGCUAUCCGGGAAGCAUUUCCACCUGCAAAACUGACAUCGUUCUCACCUCGGAGCUGAGCCCCGUGGUGCGGCGAGGCCGGGUCACCAUCAAGGACUAUCAAAGACGACGGGUGUUCACGGUGACCAUUAAAGACCUGGUUGUGGAGGACGCGGGCACCUACCGCUGCGGGGUGCGAACGAGCCCACUCUCGCGUGAUAAGAGCGCCAAAGUGGAGGUGAUCGUGUCCCCAGCCCCAUCGCCCAGAUGGACCCCAACCGUCCCGCCGAUCACCGCCCGGCCGCCUGCGGCAGUGACGGACGCUCCACCGGGGACCCCCAGUCCUUUCCGCUGCUUCCCGGUGCUGGCCGGGCUGCAGGUGCUGGCGCUGCUCGCCAUGAGCGGAGCCGUGCUCUGGGUCAGCCUGCGGGGCGCCUGAACCGCGGCCGGGACCCCGCAGCCUCAGCCGGCACCGCUCCGCCCUGGCCCCGACGGCGCGGGUAGGGGGGCAGCACCGGGACCCCGCCGGGCCCUUCCUACCGCCAGCGGCGGCUGCAAUAAAGCCUCUCUGACUCCGC